CGACCGCAGUUCCAGGAGCUCCCAGGUUUUUGCCCAGAUACGAUUCGCAAUGGCUGAAACUCCAUCAACACAACCUAGCCGGGGCUCUGAAACCUCCGCGCCUGAGGUCCCAGAAGCAACUGAGAUUCCGCGCUUUAGCCCGGAAGAAGAAGCGGCCCUCCUCAAAGAGUCCAACUCGCAAAAGCUCCAAGCCAAUGCACUAUUCGGGUCGUCUCGCUUCACCGAAGCUAUACAAGAAUACGACAAGGCUCUUUCCUCUUGCCCAAACUAUCUGGAAUAUGAAAUCGCAGUGUUGCGCAGUAACAUCUCUGCAUGCCAUUUGAAACUUGAAGACUGGAAAGAAGCCGUCACCGCCGCCACGAAAGCCCUUGACGCACUGGAACGCUUGGAUCCAAGGCCACCGAAAAACAAGAACAACUCCGAGGGCGAAAGUACCAAGGAUGGCAAGGAAAGACAGAAACAAAAAAAAAAGUCAAAACUGGAUCCGAAUACAUCGGGAGUAGUCGAGGAGCUUAGCGACGACGAUGAGGAUGAUGGACAAGGAACCGCGGAAACUCCUCCGGCAAAGGAGUCAAGUACCAGUACCAAUGCCAAAACCUCCGAGCCUACUGCUUUGGAACGAAGUGGCAAGACCCACGACGAUGUAGACAGAAUACGUGCCAAGGCGUUAAUGCGUCGCGCAAGAGGAAGAAGCGAGGAAGGGGGCUGGGGAAAUCUUGCCGGUGCCGAAGAAGAUUAUAAAGAACUGGCAUCAAUGCCAAGCCUCCCGACAGCAGAUAAGAAGAUUGUGCGACAAGCACUUGGCACAUUGCCCGCGCGUAUUGAAGAAGCUAAGAGCAAAGAGAUGGGAGAGAUGUUUUCCAAAUUGAAGCAGCUCGGCAACGGUAUCCUCAAACCGUUUGGUCUCUCAACUGACAACUUCAAAAUGGUCAAAGACGAAGCCACAGGGGGAUACAACAUGCAAUUUGAGCAGAAUAGAUGAAAUUGGUCUCGAGCAGUGUCCUCCACUUUUGUAGAACGUACUGUAUACCCUUUGGUCUAUCGUCGUCUAUCAUACAUUCGAUUCAUGCGUUUCUCUUUUUUUUCCCCAAUAACCACGCACAGCCCUACGUAUGAUACUAUUAAACCACAUCUUUGUUCUCCGAGCAUAUAUCAAUGCAUUUAUACAUUCGCGCAGCAUGUU